CAUCUUUCAUAACGAUGUCUCUUGAAUGUACUCAAAUAUAUAAAGACAAGGCCGAAUUGAAUUUUCAAGAUUAUUCAUUCAAUUUAGCACAAUCAAUAUGAUCAAGAUCUUCUCUUUUACUGUUCUCUCUGCUUUUGUCUUUUCUGGUAUUCAAGCUGCUUCUUUAGCUGAUUUCACUGAAAUUGGCCUUGGUGGAAAAUGUUCUCUUAGCAGUAAAGUACGAUGUGAUUCAUCUACUGUCUGUCAAAACGGUAUCUGUAUCUACAGAAGCACUGUCGUUAGUCGCUCGGUCCACUGCGAUCAACUCUUGUCUGUACGAGGUUACCAUGGACCUGUUCUUUCCGUUGGUAAUUACUGCUUUGCUGAAAACAAGUGUGAUGGUCUUUACCAUGCUCUUACAGUCGACGUUGAUCUUCUUAAGGCAGAUUCACUUUGUGAACAAUACGGUAACUACUGUGUUAAAAAAGACGACUUUUCUGCUCAACAACAACAACAAGAGGCUCCCAAACCAUCAGGCUCUACUAAAGGACAUGGUCUUAUCACUCAUCUUUUGGACUGUGGUCUUGGUGACUGUGACAAGCAAGAUGAAGCCAACAUGGAAGAGCAAUCAAACUCUACUAAGGGACAUGGUCUUCUCUCUCACCUUUUGGAUUGCGGCUCUGAUGAAUGUGUCAAGCAAGAUGCAGCCAGUAUGGAAGAAGAGUCUCCCAAACAACAAGAAGAAGAAACUUCCAAUCCACCAGGCUCUACUAAGGGACACGGCCUUCUCACUCACCUUUUAGACUGUGAUUCUGAAUGUGAUAAGCAGGAUGCAACCAGCAUAGAAAAGGAGUCUCUCAAGCAACAAGAAAAGGCUUCCGAGCAACAACAACAACAACAAGAAACUUCCAAUCCAUCAGGCCCUACUAAGGAACAUGAUCUUCUCUCUCAUCUUUUAGACUGUGACUCUAAUGACUGUAUCACACAAGAUGUAGCUGAUUUGAAGGGAGACCUUCUUGACUGUCACUCUGACAAUUAGUAUACAUUUUAUUUCAUCUCUACUGCAUUUAUCAAUAAACCAAAAAAAAAAAAAAUUAAAA